UUUCGUUAUGCUAAUCGAUAGUAAGAAAAAUGGCGUCUUCACCAGAGAGUUUAAUUGCUUUACAAAAGCAAAUUUUUACAAAAAUCAGCAAUAAUGAAGUAUCUGAACUCAAAGUAUUGUUAACAGCAAAUAAAAUCAAAAUUGAUUUUGUGGAUGAAAAUGGUAUGAGUCCACUACAACAUGCUUGUUAUAAAGGAAACAAGGAAAUAGUACAGAUGCUGUUGGACCAAGGAGCAGGUGUAAAUGCAUGUCAACAUGAACAUACAUAUACAGCUUUGCAUUUUGCAGCUCUUAGUGGAAAUGCUGAACUUUGCCAUCUUUUAAUGUCUUAUGGAGCACGUUUAACAGCAACAAACAGUGUAGGACGAACUCCAGCACAAAUGGCAGCAUUUGUGGGAAAUCAUAAUUGUGUAGCAACUAUCAAUAAUUUUAUUCCAAAAGCUGAUAUUGAUUAUUAUGUUAAACCACAAGGUUUACAAACUGAAUCAAUGCUUCCACCACAUUUAGCAGAUUCUUUUCAUAAAUUUAUAAUACAAAUAAAUGUACAUCCUGUACGUGUAGCUAUGAAUUUACAAAGAUAUCCUGGCCUUUUAGAAAAUGCUACUAAGGUACAAAAAGUUUUAGAAUCUAUGCAUCACAAAGAAAUGACAAAAGGUGCAGAAACAAAUGAAGUGAUGGCAUUUAAAUAUCAUUAUCUAAAUUGUGUUGUGGCUGAAGUGAUCAAAUUUCAGAAGAGACAAGAAGCAAUGAAAGCAGAAAAAAUUGACAAAACAAAUGAAGAAGGAGAAGAAAAAAAAUCAGAUACUAUUGAAGGUUUAAUAAGAAAAUUUUUAAAAUGUAGUAAAAGUGAUGGUAUACCAGAAUAUCAGGAAGCAUUUCUGAGAGAAAGUGUAAGAGAAUUUCCAUAUAGAGAAAGUACAAUUUUUCGUCAAAUGGUUGCAACUCUUGCAGCUAAUGAUCCACCAUCUGCAGUAUCAGUAGUAUCAGCUGCAAUUGAUGGUCAAAGAGCUUUUUUAGAUAAUACUACACUUUGCAUUACUUGUGGAGAAGAUAAAGCUAACAAAAAAUGUAGCAAAUGUAAAGCAGUGCAAUAUUGUGACAGGGAAUGUCAAAGACUUCAUUGGUUUAUGCAUAAAAAAGCAUGUCCAUGCAGAUUAGGUCAAAAUAUAAUGCCAAAUGCAAAAAUAAGUGAUGUGGACAAGGAACAAAUAAGCAAUGCUGUAAGCUCUAGACUAUAAAAUCUAAAUGUUAACUAAUAUAAUAAAACAUUCAAUUCUAAACAAAUAACUUUAAUGUGCUGUAUGUAUCUAUUUAAUUUUGUAUUACAUUCUUCAAUUGAAAAAUUGAAAAAAAAAAAAAAAAAGAUAAUUCUAUUUCAUAUAUUCGACGAAUAGUUUUGAUUUUUACUUCUUAGAUUUACAAAAUCUAAUGAAUUUUUUAUGCAUUGUAAUACAUUUUUAUCCUCUUUAAUCUGAAAAAUUCAACAUAUGUUAUAAAUAAUUAUUAUCAUCAUGUAUUAUAAAUAGUGUCAAUAUGCAAUUCAGUUAAAAUGUUAUUUCCUCAAGAUUGUAUUCUUGUGGUUGUCAUCGCCAUAAAAAUAAAAUAUACUUAUAAUCAAA